CUGUUAUCAGAACACAGAAGCGCUCGUGUGUCACGUGCUAGUGACGUCAGUCACCCUGCGUGUGCGCCUCUGAUGCAGGGGGAUCCAUCAUGGCGUCGAUGCAGAAAAGGUUACAGAAGGAACUGCUAGCCUUGCAGAAUGAUCCGCCCCCUGGAAUGAAGCUAAAUGAGAAGAGUGUACUGAACACCAUUACAGAAUGGAUUGUGGAUAUGGAAGGAGCCUCUGGUACUCUUUAUGAGGGGGAGAAAUUUCAGCUUCUUUUUAAAUUUAGUAGUCGUUAUCCCUUUGACUCACCUCAGGUAAUGUUCACAGGAGACAAUAUACCUGUCCAUCCCCACAUUUAUAGUAAUGGCCAUAUCUGCCUGUCCAUCUUAACGGAGGACUGGUCACCAGCUCUUUCUGUGCAGUCCGUUUGUCUUAGCAUUAUUAGCAUGCUGUCUAGCUGCAAAGAGAAGAGGCGGCCUCCUGAUAACUCCUUUUAUGUACGGACAUGUAAUAAAAAUCCAAAGAAGACAAAAUGGUGGUAUCAUGAUGAUACCUGUUAAUAUGAACUUUUUAGAAGUCCUACUGACAUUAUAAAAGCACUUUUUGAAAUCAUAUGGUCUCUUAACUUUAAACUUGGACUCAAACACAAGCAUGGACUCAGACCACAAAUGAGAGAUGAUGUCAACUGUGUUACCGGUGGCCAGUUGGAUGCAUGUUUGGGAAAAAUAAAAACAGAUGAAGAAUUUAAAUCAAUUUGAAGAGGAUGGAAACAGACCUGUCUAAGGGUUGCUGUGGAAAAAUGUAGAUGAAUCCAGGAAGAAUCCAGGAUUUUAAUUUAAAAAAAAAUUUGUAAUGAGAUUAUUUCUGUCUUGGACCACACAUAUUCCGGUUCAUUUUUGUCAUCGGUACGUUUUAAGGUCCAAGUGUCUUGUGCAAUAACAAGGAUAGGUGCAAAGCAGGGCAAAUAAUGAAAAAUCCAAAACGAAUCUGGAAAUGAUUGUAGUGUCCUUCGCUUCUUCUCUUUCCUUAUAUUCCUACUGAAGUGAUAUGCACUGUGAAAUGAUGCAAGAAAAGAUCAGUUCAUUCUGAUGAAGAUAUGGCGCACUGCUUCAGCGAGUUUCUGAUGUUCCACUGUAAAAUAGUUUAAUUUAAGAAAGGUACUAUUUUCAUCUCAAGUUCUGCUAUCACUCGAAAUGGUGGUUUCAUUGUUAUUUAUGCUUGUAAGGACUAUAAUUUGUUUGAGCAUCAAAACCAACCUUGACCAUCCAUGAACUCAUAUUGUCCUCUACAAAUUAAUACGGGAUGGAACCAGUGUUGUAUGUAGGUUUGCCAUUAAAGCAGAUCUGUAGGUAACCCAGUUUAUUGAAUGUUGGCAAGAACGUUCUGUCUUGUAUUUUUAUUUGUAUAAAAAUGUUCUGUUUUAUGAG